AUGCCUCGGUUCUACCUGCUCCUCUCCUUGUGGCCCUCCUCAGCCUCAUACCUGCUGCUUGUGGGGCUCUUGGGUGGACAGCUGGGGCUCAGGGUGGGGUUCCAGGUUGUUCAGACUCUGACUUGUUCUCGGAGGGAUACGCUAAGCAGCCAGUCUAUCUUUCAGGAUGGUGAUGUAGUAAUUGGUGGGCUGUUUCCUCUUCAUUUACUGCUCCCAGCUAUAGAAAAUGAUUUCACUCAGCUGCCGGUCUAUCCAUCUUGCACUGGGUAAAACUCUGAACUGUACUCUUCUGCUUUUACUGUACUGUGGUGCUAAAGAAAUUCUAUCUUUGAAACAUACGACCGCCAGAUAAAAGAAACUGAUCUCUCUUGUGCUCCUUUUCCCGUGAUCUCAGUUUAUUGCGCAUUCCUGGGCAGUAUGCUAUGACCUUUGCGGUGGAGGAAAUCAAUAAUAGCACAACCCUGCUGCCAGGUGUGAAGCUGGGGUACCAUAUUCUUGACAGCUGUAGCAGACCACCGUGGGCUCUGCAGGCAGCGCUGACACUGGUUGGAGGAGACAGCAGCAGCUGUAAUUCAGCAUCUCUAAUAAACCACCCUGGGGCGUCAUCAGCUGAUAAGCCCGUGCCUUUGAUAAUUGGUGGCGCCGCAACUGUAACAUCCAAAGUUCUCUCAAAAAUUCUGGAGCCUCUUUCUGUACCUUUAGUAAGUACAGUUACUAUGGUUACACUUAUUUGUCUGCAGUUUGCAAACGGUAGUUAAAAAAAUCCCAACUAAGUCUUACUUUAAUAAUCUGAGUAAAUGUAUUGGCUCUCCUCUGCUGUCCUCAAUUAGCACACUGUUUGAGGCAAUAACAGGAAUGCAUCUUUAGAAUCAAUGAAACUUUAAAACUGUGAUGAUGAUUUCUGUAUCUGUCUUUAAGAUGAGCUACUCAGCCAGCUGUCCCUGUCUGAGCGACAGAACCCAGUAUCCUAAUUUCUUCAGAACUGUGCCCAGUGAUUUCUACCAAGCCCGGGCCAUGGCUCAGCUUGCCAUCCGCUUCAAGUGGACCUGGAUCGGGGCAGUGGUAGUAAACAAUGACUAUGGUCUCACAUCAGUAAAGGUGAUUUUAUUCUUAUUUAUUUGAGAUGUUUGGGAAAUAGCAUCAUGUCUUGGAAGGAAAACCCUACCUUAUACAUGUACUUUAUUUCUAUUCUCUUCUUUUCCCUCCAUCUCUGGUUUAUAUUGCAGGUUUUUCAGGAGGAGACUGCAGGGAAAGAGGUGUGUCUGGCAUUCGUAGAGACCCUCAGAAGAGAGAGGACUGUCAGUGAUGCCAGACGGGCAGCACUCACAAUUCAGGCCUCCACUGCGAGAGUUAUUUUAGUCUUUGCGUGGCAUAUAGAUGUGACAGAACUGUUUCUACAACUGGCCGAGAUAAAUGUGAGACACUAAAACUCAUACCUAUCAGACAUGACAUUUUAAAAGCACUAUUGCUGUCUAAAAAUACUUUAUAACUAGAGUUUUCUUUCUCUGAUAAGGUGACUGACAGGCAGUUUCUGGCCAGUGAGGCCUGGAGUACCAGCACAAAUCUCUUUGAAAAUCCUGUUACAUCUAAAGUGGCGAGUGGUGUUAUUGGGGUAGCCUAUCGGAGCUCAACAAUCCCUGGAUUUGAAAACUACCUCAGGAGUUUGAAUCCCUUAAAACGCCCUGAUGACAAGUUCUUAAGGGAAUUCUGGGUAAAGGAGUUUGGUUGCAGUCCUGAUGCAAAACCUCAGACUCCAUCAGAGGCUUAUUUGCCUCCCUGCAGCGGCUCAGAGUCCCUGGAGAGAGUGCAGAAUCACUUUACAGAAAUCCCACAGUUAAGAGUCACUUAUAAUGUCUACCUUGCUGUUUAUGCUGCUGCCCAUGCCCUUCACAGCCUCCUCUCAUGUCCUAACAGAGACAACAGCAGCUCCACAUGCUUUAAGCUGAAACACAUCAAACCCACAGAGGUAAACAUAACUUAGACUCCUUCAUAAGUUUCAGUCUUUUUAAGUACUUAAUUAGAGGCAGCCACAUAGAUCUCUUCUGCUCUUCUACUUUAAACUGAAGUGUUUCAAUAUCUUGUUGCUUUAAGCUUUUGCAGCAGAUGAGCAAAGUGAACUUCACCUCACCGCAAGGUGAAAUGUUGUAUUUCCAAGGGGGUGAAAUCCCAGCAAAAUACGACCUUGUAAACUGGCAGAAAACCCCAGAAGGUUCACUUAAACUCACCCUGUUUGGCCGUGUGGACGGGUUUGACCUCCACCUUAAUGAGUCAGCUGUUCAGUGGAGCACAGGAUCAAACCAGGUUAUUAUCAGACUACUAGAUAUAAGUUUAAUGACUGAAAAAAAGACCUUAUGGAGAUGUUUUUCACCUGUUAUUCAGGUGCCUGUGUCAGUGUGCAGUGAGAGCUGUCCUCCUGGUACCAGAAAGGCCAACAGGAAAGGAGAGCCUCUGUGCUGCUUUGACUGUUUUCCAUGUGCUGAAGGAGAGAUAAGCAACAAAACUGGUGAGGAGAUCUGCACAAAAUUAGAUAACAAAGGUUCAUGUUGUCACCCCUUUCCUUCACCUUUCAUAGGCUUUUAUUUUAAUCAGGUUCGACUCACUGCGAGCGAUGUCCACCUGAGUUCUGGUCCAACCCUGAACGAACUGCCUGCAUCCCUCGUCAGCUGGACUUCCUGUCCUUUAAUGAAACUUUGGGCAUCACUCUGACUACAGCAGCUGUGUCUGGUGUUGUGGUGACUUCAGCUGUGUUUGUGGUCUUCCUUUACUACCGUCACACACCUAUGGUAAGAACCCUGUCAUGCAAUGAAAAGCACUCUGUAUAUAGAUUUAUUUUAAACUUCUUAUUGACUCCGUAUUUCAUUUUUAGGUACGAGCCAACAAUUCAGAGCUGAGCUUCCUGCUCCUUCUGUCUCUGAAGCUCUGCUUCUUGUGCUCUCUGGUGUUCAUUGGUCGUCCAUCAGUCUGGUCCUGUCGCUUCCAGCAGGCGGCCUUUGGGAUCAGCUUUGUACUCUGUGUUUCCUGCCUCCAAGUCAAGACCAUAGUGGUUCUAGCCGCUUUCCGCUCAGCUCGGCCCGGUGCUGAAGCCUUGAUCAGGUGGUUUGGUCCGGGUCAACAGAGAGGAAGUGUUUGUGUCUUUACUUGCAUACAGGUCAGAGUUCAGUUGUUGCAGAAAAUAAUGCUGUAAGUUAUUGUAGGCUUCAAAUAUAUUAUUGUAUUUUUCCACUCAAGGUUAUCAUCUGUGCCAUUUGGCUCUCACUCAGCCCCCCAGUCCCUCAGGCUGACCUGAAAGUCCCUGGAUUAACAGUCACUCUCAAAUGUGCCAUGGCCUCUGUGGUGGGCUUCUCUCUGGUUCUGGGCUACAUCGGUCUGCUGGCCUGCACUUGCCUCCUCUUGGCCUUUCUGGCUCGAAAACUACCGGACAACUUCAACGAGGCCAAACUGAUCACCUUCAGCAUGUUGAUCUUCUGCGCUGUCUGGGUGGCUUUUGUUCCUGCUUACGUCAGCUCUCCUGGAAAGUAUGUUGUUGCUGUGGAAAUCUUUGCGAUCCUGGCCUCAAGCUAUGGUUUACUUUUCUGCAUCUUUGCCCCUAAAUGUUUUAUUAUUCUUUUGAGGCCUGAGAAAAACACUAAAAAACACAUGAUGUCCAGAUAAAAACAAUAAGAAAACAAACAAACAAACAAACAAAAAACAUAUACUUUUAUUUGAAAUAUUUGAGCAAUUUUACAUUAUAAUUAUCUUUAUAAUAAUUUUAUUAUAUAUGCUCUUUCAUCAAGCCAUUUGAAUCAAUGUAACAUAUAUCUUUGACUAGCGUCUAUCAGUUUUUAUAUUUAUACCUUUGUGUACAUGUUCAAAGAAAACUUACUUGUUUGUAUUAAACAUAUUUGUCAAAAAACACGUUCUAACCUGUUAUUUAAAAAAAAAAAAAAAAAUCUAAAUUUUAAAAACUUCUAAUGAACUUUGUAAAGCUUUGGAAAAAUAACAAUCAUUAAAAUCAUAUUAAAAUCUGUGUUCCCAGAUUGUUUUCAGUUUUUUUUUUCUCAUAGUGACCAAACUGUUUUACUCAUGAAUAAAAGUUGUUUACAAUUUUAAGUAAAAAGUUUUGACAGAAAAGUUUCAUCAUGUUACACUUUUCAACAGUGAACCAACAGUCAGUUGCCACUCACUCAAAGUUAGCUCGAGCUGUCACACUGAGGACAGACCCUGUCAAAACCAAGUAUCUGAGAACCAUUUUCAGCAUUUCAUAUUUGAUAAGUGUUAAAAUGAAAAUGGUCAAUGCACCUUCAAACACUGUAAGUCCCCUCCUCCUGCAGACAGGAGUAAUCUGCAGCGAUGCUGUUGUUGUUUUCCCCCUCACUCUUGAGAGGAGUGAUUUAGUCUUCUGUGCCAAUGACAUCAUGUUCGCUGGUUUACAGAAAAGCUUAAUGGUUGUUAUAAAAACUUGGAUUUACAAUCCAGCUGUUCAGAGGAGGAGGGGGAAUGUAACAGGUAAGACACCCAGAUGUUGCAUCGUAUCGAGGUUAUUUGGUGCUUGGAUUGAUGUGUUUUGAGUUUGACAUUGUUGCUUCUCCCCACAGGUGCUGGAUAAAGAUGGAAAAUCAGCUUUAACCUUCAAGAAUUUGACUUUUGAUUAUAUUGCUUUAAAAAAACUGUCCUUCUGAGUGCAAAGUGUCCACAACAGCUUCAUCCAUGCCUCCGUUCUACCUGCUCCUCUCCUUGUGGCCCUCCUCAGCCUCAUACCUGCUGCUUGUGGGGCUCUUGGGUGGACAGCUGGGGCUCAGGGUGGGGUUCCAGGUUGUUCAGACUCUGACUUGUUCUCGGAGGGAUACCCUAAGCAGCCAGUCUAUCUUUCAGGACGGUGAUGUAGUAAUCGGUGGGCUGUUUCCUCUUCAUUUCCGACUCCCAGCUAUAGAAAAUGAUUUCACUCAGCUGCCGGUCUAUAAACCUUGCACUGGGUAAAACUCUGAACUGUACUCUCCUGCUUUUACUGUCCUGUGGUGAUAAGAUAAUCCCACCUUUGCAUGCUUCAUUUUCUUAAUGUUAUUUAAUUUAGAAAAACAAACAAAACUGCUUCACUGAUAUGACCUUUUCCUUGUCGUCUCAUCCUGUGAUCUCAGUUUAUUGCGCAUUCCUGGGCAGUAUGCUAUGACCUUUGCGGUGGAGGAAAUCAAUAAUAGCACAACCCUGCUGCCAGGUGUGAAGCUGGGGUACCAUAUUCUUGACAGCUGUAGCAGACCACCGUGGGCUCUGCAGGCAGCGCUGACACUGGUUGGAGGAAACAGCAGCAGCUGCACUUUAAAGGACACUUCAGAUUUAUCUACUAUAUACAGAGAGGAAAACAGAGAAAGUAGAGGUAGCUUUUUUUUCUGCUUUUGUAUUAUACUCAGUUUCUUAGACAAAGAUGAAGCUGUUUAAAACUGUUUAAAUGUUGUUAUUAGGGGACCCUCCUGUUCCCUUGAUGAUCGGGGGAACUUCAUCUGUAGCAGCCAAGACACUCUCCGGAGCUCUGGCGCCACUUUCUGUGCCUUUAGUGAGUUUUAUUUAUCAUUAAUGUUGUAACUAAGUCUGAGAAAGCUGCUUUUAUUUGUCCCUUUAAUUAUCUCUGUUUUUCUGCAACCCUUUUGAACUCUUUUCCAACCCAGUGGCAACAUACAGCUGUUCAGCAUGAGUGUGGUUCUGCCUAAGCUUUCAGUUUGUAAAAUAUUGUUUUUCUUUGCUUAAUGCUGUGAAGUGCUCUGCUCAUGGUGGAUAGAAAUGGGAUAAGGAUGAUCCUCAUAUGACAAGAUGAGACUCAAUCUUAUCUUGUUAGGGUUAAAGUUAGGGUUAGAUAUUAUGAUAUUUUAGGGUCUUAAAGUAUCAUGUCUGAUAAACAUGAGUUUCAGUGUCUCAGAGAAUAUAGUGCUCUUCUUGUUAAGCAUCUUAAGAUAGCACUUGUGAAUUGGCAUUGUGUACGUAAAGAUUGGCAGAUAGAUUUGUUGCAGUGAAAGUUUUCAGGUUAGGGAUGAAGAAGAAAAAAUCUGAAUAUAAAUCAUCGUCCCUCUCUUUCUUUUUUCAGAUUAGUUUCUCAGCGAGUUGUCCCUGUCUGAGCGACAGACAUCAGUUCCCCAAUUUCUUCAGAACGAUCCCCAGCGAUACUUACCAAGCCCGAGCCAUGGCUCAGCUUGCCAUCCGCUUCAAGUGGACCUGGAUCGGGGCAGUGGUGGCAAACAACGACUAUGGCCUCAAUGCAGUAAAGGUAAAUUGUUAUUUAGAUAGUUUGAGUAUUAAAUAAAGUGCAUUUUAUUUAUAACUAUACUUAUUAUGUGUGCCAAUGUAGGCAUUUCAAGAGGAGACCGAGGGCAAAGGUGUGUGUUUGGCAUUCGUAGAGGCUGUCAAAAGAGAAAGCAUUGAGAGUGACGUCAGGAGAGCUGCACUCACAAUUCAGGCCUCCACCGUCAAAGUCAUCCUGGUCUUUUUCUGGUCUUCAGACCUGAGAAAACUGUUUGAGCAACUAUACAAGCUAAAUGUGAGUAAAUGAAAUUGUGUUUGUAAAAAGGAUAUAAAAGGGAGGAUUUAAAUAAAUAGCUUUUUCAGAGAAACUCAGGAUCUUAUUUUCUUGUUGUUACCAGGUGACUGACAGACAGUUUCUGGCCAGUGAGGCUUGGAGCACCAAUGAUCGUCUCCUUAAGGAUCCUCUCUUUAGAAAAGUAGGAAGCGGUGUGCUUGGUGUGGCCAUUCGCAGUUCAGCCAUACCUGGAUUUGAAAAUUACCUCAAGAAUUUGAACCCGAUGCAUCGUCCUAACGAUGAAUUCUUGAGAGAAUUCUGGCAAAACGAGUUUGAAUGCAUUCCUAACACCACACCUCCAUCUUCAUACGCUACUCCAACGCCCUCUCAUGCGAACAGGUCAAUCACAAAGACUUCCCUCCCACCCUGCAGUGGUACAGAGUCUCUGGAGAGGUUGAAGAAUCACUUCCAUGACACUUCUCAGCUGAGGGCGGAAUAUAAUAUUUAUAUUGCUGUUUACGCUGCUGCUCAUGCCCUCCACAGCCUCCUCUCAUGCCCUGAUAUAGACAGUUCACCCAGAAACAAGAGCUCUACUUGCUCUUCUGUUAAACCAGUCAAACCCAUAGAGGUAAACCAGAUUAUCGGCCCUCACACCAAAAAAUUGUAUGCAUAAUCUGAAAACAAUCCCUGGGCUCUCAUGUGAAUAAUAUGAAUCUGUUGAUAAUCUCUCAGCUUCUACAGCACUUGAACAAAGUGAAUUUCACCACAUUACAAGGAGAACGGUUUUACUUCCAAGGAGCUGAUAUUCUACCAAAGUACGACCUCGUCAACUGGCAGAAAACCCCUGAUGGGUCACAAAAACUGGUCUUGAUUGGUCACAUCGAUGGGCUUGAUCUCUUCCUUAAUGAAUCAGCGAUUCAGUGGAGCACAGGAUCUAAUCAGGUAUUAAAUUUAGAGAGUUUGAUGAAAUGAUUUCCAUUCAUUAUUAUUGUUCUUUUAAAUUUGACCUUGUCCCUGAGAACUUCAGUUACCCUGUUAUUCAGGUACCUGUGUCAGUGUGCAGUGAGAGCUGUCCUCCUGGUACCAGAAAGGCCAACAGGAAAGGAGAGCCUCUCUGCUGCUUCGACUGUUUUCCAUGUGCUGAAGGAGAGAUAAGCAAUAAAACUGGUGAGGAAAUCUGCACAAUUAGAUCACAGAGGCUUAUGUUACAGACGCCCUAUCGCUCUUUAAAUCUUCAUAAGCUCUUUCCUGAUCAGGUUCACCUCAUUGUGAGCAGUGUCCACCUGAAUUCUGGUCCAACCCUGAACGAACUGUCUGCAUCCCUCGUCAGCUGGACUUCCUUUCCUUUAAUGAAACUUUGGGCAUCACUCUGACUACAGCAGCUGUGUCUGGUGUUGUGGUGACUUCAGCUGUAUUCGUGGUCUUCCUUCAUUACCGUCACACACCUGUGGUAAUAAUCCUGUAUCAUGUCAUAAAAAGCACUCUGUAUAUAUAUAUUUUAAACUUUUUCUUCAUUCUUCCUCCUAUUUUUAGGUACGAGCCAACAAUUCAGAGCUGAGCUUCCUGCUCCUUCUGUCUCUGAAGCUCUGCUUCUUGUGCUCUCUGGUGUUCAUUGGUCGUCCUACAGUCUGGUCCUGUCGCUUCCAGCAGGCGGCCUUUGGGAUCAGCUUUGUACUCUGUGUUUCCUGCCUCCAAGUCAAGACCAUAGUUGUUCUGGCAGCUUUCCGCUCAGCUCGGCCCGGUGCUGAAGCCUUGAUCAGGUGGUUUGGUCCGGGUCAACAGAGAGGAAGUGUUUGCCUUCUUACUUGUGUACAGGUAUUUUAAACAGGCUUUUUAUAAUGUUUUUUAUAUGGUUUUAUUGAAUAAGCUCAGCUUUAUGACUCAUACAUACAUCUCUCUAUUUUUUUCAUACACAGAUUAUCAUCUGCUCCACAUGGCUGUCCUUGAGUCCACCUGAGCCCCGACGUGACCUGGGUUUUCAGGGGUUAAAGGUCACCCUUGAGUGUGCCAUGGCUUCUGUGGUGGGCUUCUCUCUGGUUCUGGGCUACAUCGGUCUGCUGGCCUGCACUUGCCUCCUCUUGGCCUUUCUGGCUCGAAAACUACCGGACAACUUCAACGAGGCCAAACUGAUCACCUUCAGCAUGCUGAUCUUCUGCGCUGUCUGGGUGGCUUUUGUUCCGGCUUAUGUCAGCUCUCCUGGGAAAUACACUGUAGCUGUAGAGAUUUUUGCAAUCCUGGCCUCAAGCUAUGGUUUACUUUUAUGUAUUUUUGCUCCAAAGUGUUUCAUCAUUCUUUUGAGGCCUGAGAAAAACACCAAGAAAAGCCUCAUGGCCCGGUAG